AUGGAGGCGGAGGAGGGGAAUGUUGGUAAAAAGAUAAAGAUUGGUGUAUGCGUAAUGGAAAAGAAGGUGAAAUGCGGCUCCGAGGUUUUUUCUGCUCCAAUGGGGCAGAUUUUGGAAAGACUACAAGCAUUCGGAGAAUUUGAGAUUCUGCAUUUUGGUGACAAGUUGCAAUCACCUUCACCACACUACCAGCAACAGUAUUCCAUGCGCCAUCUCAUAGUUGCCACUAUUAUUUCUAUGUUUGUUUGCUUCACUGCACCAGAACAACUCCGGUGUAGAACUAAAACUUUUGCCGUUGCAAUGGUUAUUCUGAACUGUCAUACUGUUCUGAGGGCACCAGCUGCUUUUGGUGGAGUCCUGCUUUGUGACAUGCUUUCUAUUUACCAUAUGCUUGAUGUACCUGGUCAGCCAAAUCUUGGAAGACUGCUUUAUGUUUUGCAGCCUUUCCUUGUGAAUGAGUUGGAGCCACAGCAUCUUCUUCAUGAUCGAAGGAAAGUAUAUGAGAUGGUUAUUCUGUACUGUCAUACUGUUCUGAGGGCACCAGCUGCUUUUGGUGUUUGGUGGCAGAUGGUUAUUCUGAACUGUCAUACUGUUCUGAGGGCACCAGCUGCUUUUGGUGGAGUCCUGCUUUGUGACAUGCUUUCUAUUUACCAUAUGCUUGAUGUACCUGGUCAGCCAAAUCUUGGAAGACUGCUUUAUGUUUUGCAGCCUUUCCUUGUGAAUGAGUUGGAGCCACAGCAUCUUCUUCAUGAUCGAAGGAAAGUAUAUGAGCUUCAACGACUGGCUUUUGCUGUGCUCUGCAUAGUGGUCAAUCCUGUUGUUGCUGGCCCAUCAGAUCGUCUUGAAAUGUUUGGAAUACAUGUUCCAAGAUAUGCCCUCAUAAAUAGAGAAGUUCCAUAUCAAGAGUUGGAUUAUUUUGUUGAGGAAGAAGAUUUUGUUGAGGUUUAUGGUAAUCGUUUUUGGAAGCCUUUUGUGGAGAAGCCAGUUGAAGGUGAUGACCACAGUAUAAUGAUAUAUUACCCUAGUUCAGCUGGUGGUGGCAUGAAAGAGUUAUUCCGGAAGGUUGGUAAUCGGUCUAGUGAGUUCCAUCCAGAGGUUAGAAGAGUUAGACGAGAAGGCUCCUAUAUAUAUGAGGAAUUUAUGCCAACAGGGGGAACAGAUGUGAAGGUUACUGUAUCAGCAUUGUUGAAAAAUUACUGGCCAAACUCUGUUAGCAGUUACAGUCAUGCUAUGGUGUAUACAGUUGGCCCAGAGUAUGCACAUGCAGAGGCAAGGAAGUCUCCUGUUGUUGAUGGGGUUGUUAUGAGAAAUCCUGAUGGCAAAGAAGUCAGGUAUCCAGUUCUGCUUACUCCUACUGAGAAGCAGAUGGCAAGAGAAGUUUGCAUUGCGUUUAGGCAAGCAGUUUGUGGGUUUGAUCUCUUGCGUUGUGAGGGGCGUUCAUAUGUCUGUGACGUGAAUGGAUGGAGUUUUGUAAAGAACUCCUACAAGUAUUAUGAUGAUGCCGCUUGUGUUUUGAGGAAGAUGUUUCUAGAUGCAAAAGCUCCCCAUCUUUCAUCCACAAUUCCACCAAUUUUGCCAUGGAAGGUCAAUGAACCAGUUCAACCUUCUGAGGGACUAACACGUCAGGGAAGUGGGAUUAUAGACACAUCUGGGCAGUCCGAGGAGCUACGCUGUGUAAUUGCUAUUAUUCGUCAUGGUGAUAGAACUCCCAAACAGAAAGUGAAGUUGAAGGUUACUGAGGAAAAGCUGUUAAAUUUGAUGCUGAAAUACAAUGGGGGGAGACCUAGAUCCGAGACAAAACUCAAAAGUGCAGUACAGUUGCAAGAUUUGUUAGAUGCCACACGAAUUCUAGUACCGCGUGCUAGAACUGGUCGGGAAAGUGAUAGUGAAGCAGAAGACAUUGAGCAUGCUGAAAAACUUCGUCAAGUUAAAGCAGUUCUUGAGGAGGAAGAUGAGCUCAAGGGAGCGGAGAGUCUGGGUCUCGAAGAUUUCUCUUAUGUUUUGGCAUAUGCAGGGGUCAAUCGAGGCAACUUCUGCAUUUUCUUUUCUGGAUGCAUCUUUCUGGAACAGACUUUGGCUUUGCCCCUUAUGCAUGAAACAAAAGGGGGACAUUUCUCUGGCAUAUAUCGGAAGGUUCAACUCAAGCCAUUAAAGUGGGUCAAAGUUGGAAAAAGUAACGGUGAAGGUGAAGAAGAACGACCUGUUGAAGCCCUAAUGGUUCUUAAAUAUGGUGGUGUUCUUACGCAUGCUGGCAGAAAGCAGGCUGAAGAACUGGGCAGAUAUUUUCGAAACAAUAUGUAUCCAGGCGAAGGUACCGGCCUGCUUCGCCUCCACAGCACAUAUCGUCAUGAUCUUAAAAUAUACAGCUCGGAUGAGGGUCGCGUACAGAUGUCUGCAGCUGCAUUUGCCAAGGGCCUCCUGGAUUUGGAAGGACAAUUAACACCAAUCCUGGUUUCACUGGUUAGCAAGGACUCUUCUAUGUUGGAUGGACUUGACAAUGCCAGUAUUGAGAUGGAAGAAGCAAAGGCUAGGUUGAGUGAGAUAAUAGUUUCUGGAGCAAAGUUAUUUAGCAACAGACCAUCUGGAAAACCUUGGAUGGUCGAUGGGGCUGGACUUGCGUCAAAUGCUUCUGAUCUUCUACAAAAAUUGGUCAAAUUGACUAAGAAGGUUACUGAACAAGUGAAACUGCUUGCUAAGGAUGAGUAUGAGCAACUUGCAGAGACAGGCUCAUAUAAUGUAAUUCUUCCAUAUGAUCAAGCAAAGGCACUUGGGAAGACAAAUAUCGAUGUAGAUCGUAUUGCUGCCGGAUUACCUUGUGGUAGUGAGGGAUUCCUUCUGAUGUAUGCUCGGUGGAGAAAACUUGAGAGGGACUUGUAUAAUGAAAGGAAAGAAUAUGAUCUCUUGCACAAUGCACAUCUUAAUCUAGAAGGGUUGGAUGAACUCUUCAAAGUUGCUCAGUUACUUGCAGAUGGUGUUAUACCGAAUGAGUAUGGGAUCAAUCCAAAGCAGAAGCUAAAGAUUGGCUCAAAGAUUGCUCGCCGUUUGUUGGGCAAAAUUUUGAUUGAUCUGAGAAAUACUCAGGAAGAAGCAAUUAGUGUUGCCGAAUUAAAGGGUAAUCAAGACCAACACUCAACGUUCACCAAAACUGGGACAGAGGAUACAGAUUAUCAGUCAAAGACUGUCACUAAGAAUGAAGAUGCAAGUGAAAAAUCAAUGGAUCAGGAUGAUGAUGAUGAUAAGGAGACCAAAUACCGCUUGGAUCCAAAGUAUGCUAAUGUGAAGACACCAGAACGACAUGUCCGGACGCGCCUUUACUUUACAUCAGAAUCACAUAUACAUUCCAUGAUGAAUGUCCUCCGUUACUGCAACUUGGAUGAAUCUCUUCAAGGGGAGGCUAGCCUUGUUUGUGAUAAUUCUCUGGAGCGCUUGUUCAGAACCAAGGAGCUUGACUACAUGAGUGGUAUUGUGUUGAGGAUGUUUGAGAACAUAGAGGUGGCUUUAGAAGAUCCAAAAAGGUUCCGCGUAGAGAUGACUUUUAGUCGUGGUGCAGAUUUGUCCCCGUUGGAGAAGAACGACAGUGAGGCUGCUUCAUUGCAUCAGGAGCACACAUUACCGAUAAUGGGUCCAGAGAGGCUGCAAGAAGUGGGGUCAUAUCUAACAUUAGAGAAGAUGGAGAAGAUGAUUCGCCCAUUUGCCAUGCCAGCAGAAGAUUUCCCCCCACCAUCAAUCCCCCAGGGAUUCUCAGGCUACUUCUCCAAAAGUGCAGCAGUGUUGGAACGCCUGGUAAAUCUUUGGCCCUUCAACAAACAUGGAGCUGCUAAUGGGAAGUAAUAAGUAACUUCACCUUUUUCUCUUCCUUUUUUGUCUUUUUUUUUUGCUUUUUGUGGCAUUCAUAUCCUCGGCUGCUUGGACAAAGCAAAAUGAGUUUUGAGGUUCUCUCAAGGAAUUUUGGAGCAAUUAACAAACUUAAUUAGGAUGAACAAAAAGAAAUUGAGUGUUGAGGUCGCUUGGAGGAAUUUUGGGACACAUAGCAAAUCUUAACAAUAGGUAAAUCUGGAGGAGAGCCAUCCUGAUGAUGAUGCUUUAACUCCAGAAAAUCUUAACGCCAACCUCUUUUAGCAUUCAUUAGAAAGUGACCCUAGGACACUUUCAAUUGUCCAA